AUGACAAUGGUUUAUAUCUCAGGAAUUUUGGUUACACAAGUGUAUACAUUUGUCAAACUCAGUGAAUGUACACUUAAGAUUUGUGCAUUUCAUUGUAUGUAAAUUUUGUCUCAAAAGGGAAAAUAUGUAAACAAAUAUUUAACUCUAGAUAAUAAGACACAUGCCAUAUUUUGGGAGAAGUAAAACGAUGCCUGUAAUUAACUUUGAAAUGCAUUUAAAAAUAAGGUAUUUGGGAUAAGGAAUAAAGCAAGAUAAAAUGUAAAUCCAAGUAGAAUCUAUGUGGUGAGCACAUAGGUGUUUGCUUUAAAUUUUUAUAAUUUUGCUAUAUGUUUGAAAAUCUUCAAAAUAGAAUGUUAAGAUAAUUUUUUUAAAAGGACUAAGGUUUCUAGAGCUGGAAGCCAGAAGACGAUAGCAUCAUUAGAAGAAAUAGAGAAUUUAGGAAUAGGAAGGACAGCUUGGUGGAAGGUGUGGCAUAACUGACAGGUCUUGAUACCUAGGAGGUCCUAAGUAAUUUAUGCACAUAUUGUGUCCAGAAUUGGUGGGUUCUUGGUCUCACUGACUUCAAGAAUGAAGCCACGGACCCUCGCGGUGAGUGUUACAGUUCUUAAAGGCGGCCUGUCCAGAGUUUGUUCCUUCUGAUGUUCGGAUGUGUUCGGACUUUCUUUCUUCUGGUGGGUUCGUGGUCUCGCUGGCUCAGGAGUGAAGCUGCAGACCUUCGCAGUGAGUGUUACAGUUCUUAGGGCGGCGCGUCUAGAGUUGUUCGUUCUUCUCGGUGGGCUCGUGGGCUUGUGGGCUCGCUGGCUUCAGGAGUAAAGCUGCAGACCUUCGCGGUGAGUGUUACAGCUCAUAAAAGCAGCGUGGACCCAAAGAGUGAGCAGUAGCAAGAUUUAUUGCAAACAGUGAAAGAACAAAGCUUCCACAGUGUGGAAGGGGACCCCAGCGGGUUGCCACUGCUGGCUCGGGCAGCCUGCUUUUAUUCUCGUAUCUGGCCCCACCCACGUCCUGCUGAUUGGUAGAGCCCAGUGGUCUGUUUUGACAGGGUGCUGAUUGGUGCGUUUACAAUCCCUGAGCUAGACACAAAGGUUCUCCACAUCCCCAUCAGAUCAGUUACAUAAAGAGUAUGGACACAAAGGUUCUCCAAGGCCCCACCGGAGUAGCUAGAUACAGAGUGUCGAUUGGUGUAUUCACAAUCCUUGAGCUAGACAUAAAGGUUCUCCAAGGCCCCACCAGAGCAGCUAGACACAGAGUGUUGAUUGGUGCACUCACAAACCUCAAGCUAGACACAGGGUGCUGAUUGGUGUAUUUACAAUCCCUGAGCUAGACAUAAAGGUUCUCCACAUCUUCACCAGACUCAGGAGCCCAGCUGGCUUCACCCAGUGGAUCCCACACUGGGGCUGCAGGUGGAGCUGCCUGCCAGUCCCGGUGCCAUGCGCCUGCACUCCACAGCCCUUGGGUGAUCCAUGGGACUGGGCGCUGUAGAGCAGGGGGCGGCGCUCGUCGGGGAGGCUCGGGCUGCACAGGAGCCCAUGGAGGCGGGGGAAGGCUCAGGCAUGGUGGGCUGCAGGUCCCAAGCCCUGUCCCGCGAGCUAAGGCCUGGUGAGAAAUUGAGCGCAGCGCCGGUGGGCUGGCACUGCUGGGAGACCCAGUACACCCUCCGCAGCCGCUGGCCCAGGUGCUAAGCCCCUCAUUGUCCGGGGCUGGCAGGGCCGGCCGGCUGCUCCAAGUGCGGGGCCUGCCAAGCCCACGCCCACCCGGAACUCCAGCUGGCUAGCAAGCACCUCUCCCUCCACACCUCCCUGCAAGCUGAGGGAGCUGGCUCUGGCCUUGGCCAGCCCAGAAAGGGGCUCCCACAGUGCAGCGGUGGGCUGAAGAGCUCCUCAAGUGCCGCCGAAGUGGGAGCCCAGGCAGAGGAGGCGCCCAGAGCGAGCGAGGGCUGUGAGGACUGCCAGCACGCUAUCACCUCUCAAUAUUUCUGUCUAUAUUUCAAUGGAUCUUCACAAACACCUCUAGUCUUUAAUCAUCAGCACAUCCAUUUUCAGAUGAGAAAAUGGAGGUUCUGUAAAGCUAUAUAAUUUGCUCAAGGUCAUUAAACUAUUAGUGUGCUAGGAGUAGGACUGAUUACAUAAUUUGCUGGCCUAGUGUAAAAUGAAAAUUUGUGGUUCCCUGUUAAAAAAUUAUUAAUAGCACAGCAUUAAAACAAGCACAGGGCCCUUCUAACGAUUAGGCCUCGUGAGACUCAGGUUUCAAACACAUGAAGCUAGGGCGGCAAGGAUUUGAAUCUCAGUCUGUCUAACAGGAAAGCCCAUGCUUUUUCCAGUAAACCAUGCUAGGUCAGAUGACUGGUUCAUUUCUGUGCGCAGUGAAUGAGGCAUGAUGGUGAUGUCAGAUGGUGAUGUCCUGUAGCCAGUUAAAAACCAAAUUGCAGGUAAGGAGUUCCUUCUGUGAUGUCUGUUGUCUGUCCUCUUCUCAGUGGGCAUUUGGUUAUUACAUUUGACCUAGGUUAGCAACGUAAUUUUUGAUCAAAGUCUCAACAGUGUAUCUCUUUAAAUAUCAAGAUACUAAGAAUAACUCCUUUCAUGAGUCCUCUCUGAAAUUUGUCACCGGAUUUCUUCUUUGUGAUAAAUGUGUCAAUACUUAAUAGUGGCGAUGAAAUGUCUUCUGCUAGACAUCUGGGUGGAUCUGGAAGCAGAGCAACGUUUUCCUCAAUUUAACAGUGGAUCCUAGUAGUUGAGUUAAAUGUUGGUUUCAUUUAAGAGUAAGCUACUUUCUGAAUGUAAUUAUGCUUUCACUGAUAACAGCAACUUUUACUUUAGUUGGGAAGACAUAUCUAUUAUCUCUUAAUCAGACAACUCUUGUCUGUCUUUGAGGAAGAGUGGGGGAUCUGUAACUUUUCCCAAGAAAACUGAAAAUGUCUCAAUCCUAAUAUUAAAAGAAUUCGGCUGUAUUGGGUUAGGAAUGAAUAAACUACACCGAUGUCCUUUAUCAAGUGUAAUUCCUCUAGUUGAUUCUCAAAGAAUACUAAGUUUACGUUUUAAUAAAAAAUUACUAAAAUUCCAGAACAGUCUCACAUCAGUCCCUGCUGGUCAAAUUGUCAGGCCAAGCCUAGACAACAGGUUGCGCUUUGGGCUAAGACAGCCUGUAGAGGGCAAUCUCCUUUCCUGCGAAUCCGCGCUAGUCCGCUCUAUCCUCCCUCUCCCCGCUCCGCCUCAGCUCGCUCUCCGCCUUCUCCCUGGCCCCGUCCCAGAUCCCAGGCCCACCCCGCACCGGUCCCAUCUCCCUUCCUCUCCCUCAACUAUUUCCUCCAGGCGUUGUUCUUGCCCCGCCCCCCCCUCCCCGCCGCGUAGCGGAAACGGUCGCUCUGGCUUCCUGGAGGACUUGUCAUCUGUGCCCGGCGGCGCAGGAAGGUGGUGGGCGGGGCUCACGCGAGGCGCUGGAACGGUCCAGGCGAUUCUCGCUGUGCUGCUUUAGCUUCGGAGUGUUUGGCGAUGCGGCAGCGGGAGGUGUGGGGGCUCAUGUCGAGGUUUAUUGCAUUCAAAAGGACUAAUACCAUACUGCACCAUUUGAGAAUGUCCAAGCACACAGAUGCAGCAGAAGAUGUGCUAUUGGAAAAAAAAGGUUGUGCGGGAGUCAUAACACUAAACAGACCAAAGUUCCUCAAUGCAUUGACUCUUAAUAUGAUUCGGCAGAUUUAUCCACAGCUAAAGAAGUGGGAACAAGAUCCUGAAACUUUCCUGAUCAUUAUAAAGGGAGCUGGAGAAAAGGCUUUCUGUGCUGGGGGUGAUAUCAGAGUAAUCUCGGAAGCUGAAAAGGCAAAACAGAAGAUAGCUCCAGUUUUCUUCAGAGAAGAAUAUAUGCUGAACAAUGCUGUUGGUUCUUGCCAGAAACCUUAUGUUGCACUUAUUCAUGGAAUUACAAUGGGUGGGGGAGUUGGUCUCUCAGUCCAUGGGCAAUUUCGAGUGGCUACAGAAAAGUGUCUUUUUGCUAUGCCAGAAACUGCAAUAGGACUGUUCCCUGAUGUGGGUGGAGGUUAUUUCUUGCCACGACUCCAAGGAAAACUUGGUUACUUCCUAGCAUUAACAGGAUUCAGACUAAAAGGAAGAGAUGUGUACAGAGCAGGAAUUGCUACACACUUUGUAGAUUCUGAAAAGUUGGCCAUGUUAGAGGAAGAUUUGUUAGCCUUGAAAUCUCCUUCAAAAGAAAAUAUUGCAUCUGUCUUAGAAAAUUACCAUACAGAGUCUAAGAUUGAUCGAGACAAGUCUUUUAUACUUGAGGAACACAUGGACAAAAUAAACAGUUGUUUUUCAGCCAAUACUGUGGAAGAAAUUAUUGAAAACUUACAGCAAGAUGGUUCAUCUUUUGCCUUAGAGCAAUUGAAGGUAAUUAAUAAAAUGUCUCCAACAUCUCUAAAGAUCACACUAAAGCAACUCAUGGAGGGGUCUUCAAAGACCUUGCAAGAAGUACUAACUAUGGAGUAUCGGCUAAGUCAAGCCUGUAUGAGAGGUCAUGACUUUCAUGAAGGCGUUAGAGCUGUUUUAAUUGAUAAAGACCAGAGUCCAAAAUGGAAACCAGCAGAUCUAAAAGAAGUUACUGAGGAAGAUUUGAAUAAUCACUUUAAGUCUUUGGGAAGCAGUGAUUUGAAAUUUUGAGGUGACAGGCUUUUAAGAAAAAGUUUGUCAAUCCUUGUUUUAGAAGAUGGAAAAAUGUGAAGAUCUUUAGAGAUUCUCGAGUGGUAUAUCUAAUUGAAAUGGGAUCUUUGUUUGGCUUUUGGUAGUGGCUUGUAUGUUGAUGAAAUAAACUUAGGUAUAGAAUAUAAAAAAUAAAGACCUUGAAAAUUGUUUUGGA